CCCGGAAGACAGUCGUGCAUAGCACAUAUGCAUAUGCACCUAGCUGCUAAUUCGCUAAUCACCAGGAAACUACAACAACAAAAAGACUCUUUUGGGGAAAAGGGUUUUGGUACGACUUAACACAAUGAACAUCUAUUUUUGUUACAGCAUCCGCGGGGAAAGGCAGGACGUGGAGAUUUAUCAGAAAAUUGAGAAGAAACUGCAGACCUAUGGCAAAGUUUUAACCGAGCACGUAAACGGCGCUGAUAAAGCAGGUGAGAAUGCAGAAGGAGAUAGGGCCGUUGAUCAGGAUAUGGAGUUAAUGCUUCAGGCUAAUGUUGUUGUUGCUGAGGUGACUCACCCAUCUUUUUCUGUAGGAUAUACAUUUGGUCAGGCCUUGGCAUUAAAAAAGAGGGUUCUCUGCCUUUUCCGACCCUCAUCAGGGAAAGUGUUGUCUGCUGGGAUUGAAAGAGCAGAUUCAUCUCUCGUCCAAGUACAAAAUUAUGUAGAGGAAGAAAUUGAAGGUGUCCUGGAAAAAUAUUUUGAUGAACUUAACAAAAAAUAAUGUGAACUGUUAUUAUUUACUUAUAGUGUAAAUAUUAUUUUCAUUAUACAGGUCUUUUAUGUAACACAUUUUUGAUAUCUAUUACUGUUAUAGGCUAACAUUUUGAUCAUUUGUGGUUAAGAACUGAUAGUGAGUUAUGAUCUAAACAGCAGUCCAUGUGCAUGCAAGUUUGUGGUUUGAACACAAUAAGCCAGUUUUGUUUCUUGUCUUUUUAUGUGUCUUAAAAUAACGCCUUAGAGAUGUGAAAGACCAAUAAAAUCAUUAAAGUUUAGUUGAAGUUGCUACAGGCAAUGACAUUUUUUUUACAUUACUGGUACGUAUGAGCCUUUAGGAAUGAGUGUCUGAGUGUGUUUGCCCUGUGAUGGACUGGCAACCUGUUCAGGGUGUUUCUUACCUAUCUUAGUAAAUUAUACCCACCGCGACCCUCAAUCGGAUAAAGCGGUGUUAAAACAGACAAUGAAUGAAUGAAAAAUUAGAUUGGAACUGAGUGAAUUACUUCUUCACAGCACUUUCAGCAGACAGGAACCAGUUGAAUUGUACUUCUUACUUGAUCUCUGUCUUAACUUGGUCUUACUAUUAUUUAAACUUGACCUCCUGUUGAAUUUAUAUUACUGUAUUCUCGGCCAUUCUUAGGCAUACUGACUCAUUUUUGGCCAUUCGUGGUAUUACACUGUCAUGGUAUUGCAGUGUAGCCCAACACACACAUACACUAUAUGGACAAAAGUAUUGGGGCACCCCUUCUAAUUAUUAAAUUAAUAUUUUUCAGUCACUGCAAUUGCUAACAGGUGUUUAGCAAGGAAAUUAUAUUCUUUAAACGUUGCUGCAACAGUUUAUAAAAAGCCCUUUCAUGUUCCAGCAUGACUGUGCCUCAGUUUACAAAGCAAUGUCUAUAAAGUCAUGAAGAAAAUCUUGGUUUAAAGAAACCUCAGUGAAAUGCACAGAUAAAUAUAUAUACACCCUGUCUGUGUACAUGAUCCCUGUUCAGAGUCAGUGCUUGCCCUGUGCUUAAUGCUUAAUUCAUAUUAAAUGACAUUUGUCUAUAAA